AUGAUAGGCGUCACCACUGUAUCCUAUAGAUUUAACAUCACGGGGGAAUACACUGAUGUCUUGCAGGCCAAAAGGGGGAUUCGGCAGGGUGAUCCUUUAUCACGUAUGCUCUUUGUCCUUAUAAUGGAAUACAUGAACAGACUGUUGGUUAAAAUGCAAAGGGAUCCUAAUUUCAACUACCAUGCCAAAUGUGAGAAUUUGAAAAUUACCAACCUCACUUUUGCAGAUGAUGUACUGUUACUUUGUAGAGGAGACGAAAUAUCAAUGCAAAUGAUAUUAAAGACUUUCAGAAAAUUCUCCAAAUCCAUAGAAUUGAUGAUGAACCCUAACAAGUGCAGGAUAUAUUUUGGGGGUUUGGAUAAUGAGAAUAAAAAGGCAUUGAAAGAGCUUUCGGGUUUCUAA